UUACGACAGUUCGAGUGCUCUUGCUUGGUUGUUCUGCGCUUGCGGCUCCGGUCCACACGUGUACCGCUGUCUUCCGUCUGGUGAUCCUGCCUGUUGCUGUAGUGCAGCCACUUAGCAGGACGGAGUGGCUGCGUAAUCCAAGGAUCGUGAGCUGAUGCCAUUGGCUGCUGAAAAUGAAGAGGGCUCUGGAGGAGGUCUCCAGAGGGUACCUGAAGGGGCGCGGCUAGGUCCUGAGGCUGGUAGGGAGGUGGAGGUGUGGGAUUCAGCAGCGAUGGAGGAGCCUGGUGGAGGAGAGGAGGGAAAUGCACGAACAGGAGUGAAGAAGACAGAAGAUGCAGAGGAAGGAAGCGAGCAGAGGGCAGGAGAGAUGCGAGUGGAUUUAUCACUUGUGAAACAAGAAAUUAUGGAUUGGUCGGAUGUAGAAGGAGGCAUGUCGGAUGCACAGUGGGUGAAGCAGGAGGUAGGGGAUGGGUCUGAGGUGAAAGAUGAGAAAGCAGGCAUAUUGGAGGUGAAGCAGGAAAUGGAUAAUAGUUUUGUAGUGAAAGAAGAAAAGGUCGAUGAACCAGACGUGAAGGAAGAGAAAGUGAAGGUGAAGGAAGAGGUAAUGGAUUGGCCAGAAGUGAAGGAAGAGGAAGGUAACUUGGAGAUAAAGCAGGAGAUGUUUAUUGAUCAGAAUAUAAAACAGGAGGACAUGAUGGAUGGAGUGCAUGUAAAAGAAGAGGAACAUUUCCUGAAGAAAGAAGUAAUAGAAGAUACAAAGGUGAAAGAAGAGCCUCAAAUAAAUCCCCCAGUGGGCUGCAAACGAAAACUGGCCAUGUCAAGGUGUGAAACUUGUGGUACAGAAGAAGCAAAGUACAGAUGUCCACGUUGUAUGCGAUAUUCUUGCAGCUUGCCUUGUGUGAAGAAACACAAAGCAGAACUGACGUGUAAUGGAGUUCGAGAUAAAACUGCUUAUGUUUCACUACAACAGUUCACAGAAAUGAAUCUCCUAAGCGAUUAUCGAUUUUUGGAAGAUGUGGCAAGAACAGCUGACCAUAUUUCUAGAGAUGCUCUUUUGAAAAAGCCAAUAAGCAAUAAACAUAUGUAUUUUAUGAAAAAUCGUGCCCGAAGGCAAGGUAUUAACUUAAAACUUCUACCCAAUGGAUUCACUAAGAGGAAAGAGAAUUCAACAUUUUUUGAUAAGAGAAAACAACAGUUUUGUUGGCAUGUGAAGCUGCGGUUUCCUCAAAGUCAAGCUGAGUACAUAGAAAAGAGAGUACCAGAUGAUAAAACUAUUAAUGAAAUUCUAAAACCUUACAUUGAUCCGGAAAAGUCUGAUCCUGUAAUUCGUCAAAGGUUGAAAACCUACAUUCGUUCUCAGACCAGCAUCCAGAUUUUAAUGAAGGUUGAAAAUAUGCAGCAAAAUUUAGUAAGGUAUUAUGAAUUGGAUCCUCAUAAAAGUCUUCUCGAUAAUUUGAGGAACAAAGUGAUCAUUGAAUACCCAACAUUACAUGUGGUGUUGAAAGAAUCCAGUAGUGACAUGAUAAUUCUUCACCAAGUGAAAAGUGAAUCUACCAAGAACCUUAGCAGUGAAAAUUGAACACUUCUUCUGGAAUUCCCAGAGAUUUGCAGAGGAUUAUGCAUUGAUGGACUAUUGGAUGAUUAGAUUAUUAUCGGUGAACAAUGGGAAUUUUUUGUCUUUAGAGUAAUUAAAUAACCUAAACUUUGUUUUUAUUUUACAAAAACAUUUUCUAGACUCCUGAGUUAGUAGACUUUAGAGGUCCCUUCUUUUGUAGUGUGAAGCACUUUUUACACACCUCAAUACAGUCCUUCAUAUGGUUAAUUCUGUAGGCUGAAAAUGUUUUGUUAGUUUGGAUAAAACUGCACCAACCUGAAGAGAGCCUUCUCUAACGGAACUUCACUGAAAAGAACUGUCAUGUCAUGAACCAUCUAGUUGCAUGUUCCUGUUUUAGGGAUUUAUUUGUGACUUAUCCCUCCCUCUUAAGGCAGUCUUUGUACUUGGGAAACUCUCAACACAUUGUCUUCUGGAAAAGCUAAAUCAAUACUUAACUACUGUUUCUUAUAUUGAGAUCAGAAAACCAGCAGCUCUACAUUGUUUGAACAAUCAUGGUUAACAAGUUUCAUACUUCUUGUUCACACAGUGAAAUGUGUCUUUAUGAAUUGUGUGCCUUUCUCAUUCCCAGUCCACUCUCAUUGUCUCACAAGCAGAGGUAUUGUGAUGACCAUUUUGGUAUAUAGUACUUUAUAUAUCCAGCAAUAAUUAAAAAGCAAAACAAAAACUAUUUGAAAUAUAUCCAUGUGUUGUUGAAAUGUAUAUGUGUAUCUUUGUGUAUAUACAAGGCUUAAUUUAUACCUUAUGGCAGCUCAUGAUUUGCUAAUUUUACUGGAAUUUAUACAGUUAUGAAACAGUGAUAUAACUAUAAAAGAUUAAAAGAUUUUACAUCUGUA